AUGGAGCCGAAAGGAAGUCCAGCAGGCGUUUUUCCGCACAAAAAUAAGCCAUCAUCGAUCCAUAUCAGUCAGCAAUCACAAGAAUCUACUACGGCCGCUGUAACUACUAAUUUAAUAGCACCAUUAACGCCCCGAAUCGAUAUAAGUCGAGCAUCGAGCUCAUCAUAUCACGAAGACAGCUCGCCGGAAAAUGUUUUUGAUCAGGUGGGAACUGGCACACUCCAGGAAGCCACAGGUUGUUUAGAACUUUUUCAAGAAGAUGUUGACGAAUUGCGAAGUUCAACUGAAGAACUUUACUUUAUGGAGAAGGAGAAAGGUCAAACAGAGUGUGAAAAACCAUCGUCUGCCGCUCAGGUAUCUCGAGCUCCGAUGAUUUUCAAGUUCGACGAUUCACAAGCUCUUCAGAAUUUCAAUCAAUAUAAUCGUAAAGAUUCAGGUAGCUCCGAAGUUGCAGCAUUUUUAAAUCCAUCAGGUAGGACAAGUCGAAUCUCAAGUGUCGGUAGUCAAGGAUCGGCAGUAAGUCGUUUAUCUGGUGCUUCAGGUGUUUCACGUUCACCAUCACCUCAUAAAAUGCUUGUUGAAACAUCAUUUUGUGGUCCAAAGCCCAUUGAACCUACAUCAGAUGCUAGUAGUAUAGAACAAUUAACUGCGGAUAUGUUAGAAAAUGUUAUUUUAGCUAGAAGAGGUGAUCCAACGAGAGUCGUACUUGCCGAAGGUGUUGAAGUAAAGCAAGAAGUAAAACCGAAAACGACGAAAGAGAAGUUAGAAGAACCAAUGACGCCGGCGGAAGCAGCACGAGCCGCAGCAAAAGAAGCUCGUCGAAAAGAAAUUGAAGCUUUGAAGCAACGUUUAAAUGCGAUAAAUGCAAAGCAAUUAGAAAAAGCAAAAGGUAUUAGCGUAACGAAAAAGGUUGUUGGCGUGACGCCAGAAGGUACCGAAUAUAUUCGAAUAAAACUUAAACCAGAUCACUUGUAUGAAGAUAAUGGAAUCAGUCCAAAUGAGAGAAUCGUUGAAGAAAAAGAUUUUAAAGAGACGGGCACGAAAAAGAAGAAAGACACGCUAAAAGACAAUACCGUAAAUCAAAUCUCAACGAUAAGUCCGACAACGCACGCAAUCGACAAUCGUUCGCCAUCACCUGCAUCAACUUCAGUGUCACGUAAAAGUUCAUUUUGUUCAUUCUUUAAGUCUAAAGACACAAGCAAUGAGUCAACUUCCUCAAAACCGAGAAGCGCUUCGGCAGCUUCCGGAAAAGGAAGAUUAAAUGAUAAAUCACCUCUUCCAUCGCCAAGUAAGAGUAGUAGUCUUAGUAGUAGAAUAGCAUUUUCAUUAUUCAAAACUAAUCGCAAUCCGUCUCCAUCUCAAUUAGAAACAUCAAAUGAUGGAGCAACGUCUACUAAGCAACACCAAUCGCGACAAUCUAAUACUAAUAUUCGCGACAAGCCUACACUAAAAUAUUAUGACACGCCCGAUGUUAUUCAUAUUCCACUUCACACGCCACCUGAAGAAAAAGAAUUUAGUGCAUUAAAGAAGAAGAAGGAAGAAACGGAAACUUUGACUGAAGUACCACCGGUGGUUGUUGAAGUGAAAACUUCGAUUCCGAUUAGGCCAAAAAUCGCACCCACUGCCCAAAUUGAAAAGAUGCAAAGUACAGACGAAAUCGAGCUUCAAGAAAUACCGACGAAAAAUACGACAAACGAAGAAGGAGGUUCAAGUCUGUGGAGUGUUGAAGUUCAACGUCAUAGUUCUCAAGAAAGUCAAGAGACUGUCAUUUCUUCACAACAACAACAAAAGCCUGAAUGUUCUUCAAAAAACGGGAUGACUGAAAAGCCGGCCAUUCCGGCUUUCAUCGAUACUAUUAAUGAAAAUUCAAGCACGUCAAAUAAUCAACCACAGCCACAACAACAGCAACCAAUGUCAGCUAAGGGACGUCAUAAAAAGCAUAUUCUCUUUAGUACAAAGAUAGGAAGUGGUAGUGAAGAACAGAUUUUUAGCACUCAAUUGAGCUUGUCGAAGACUGAGAGUCAAUCAAGUCAAUUGUCGGAGCAAGCUUCAGUGUUUGAGAGUCCAAAAAACGAAGAGUGCGGAACGAAGGUGCAGGAAGUUACCAUAAAUAAUUUGAAACAUCAAUCAUCGAGCGAGGUUGAAAAGGUAACAGCAACAUCUGCGCGAUCUCGUCGUUCCGAUCAAAGUGACUCAGCUGAAUCGCGACCCCAAUCGGUGACAAGAAGACAAAAGGAUUCUGGUGACUUUUCUAAGAAACGAGAAUCAUCAGAUGAAGUUUUGAAGAAGAAACGUGAAUCCCAAAGUUCAAAUAGUAAUCCAUCGCCUAUUUCUGUUUCUAUUCCAUCACAACAUUCUCAAAAUAGUUUGAAGCAGUUUGAGACUAAGACAACAAGUAUUUUAGAGCAUCAAUCAAGUGGUUCGAAGAUGGAAAUUUCUUCAGAAUCAGAUCGUGAAUCUGACAUCGAAGGAUGUGUUCAUAAGCGAGUAUCACGUGUGAUGGAAGAUCAUGAAAGUGCUGGUUUAGUUCUUCAAGAGUCUUUCGAUGAUGAGCUACCUUAUGUUCCAACAACAUUACCUGAAGAAAGAUCAAGUGGAUUAAGAAUCAUCCCAACAAAAGACAGAACACAAAGUGAACUGAUUACUAUACCGGUCGACAGCCCACGCUCAACAACGCCCAUCAAUCCAGCGUCUCUCGACAACUACUGCGAACGAAAGCAAAGUGACGUUAGCGAAUGUAAUUUGGUAAGAGGUGAGAAGCUUCGUAUAAGCUUGCCAAGACAAAAAGCUGAACAAGUUAAGGAGAAAGUUCAACAAAAAGUCAUUACAAGACGCAUCAGUAAUUUAUCGAAUAAAAGUUGGACAGAAUUUGCUGAACAACAGCAAAGUUCGUCAUCGCCUGCAACAAAGAAAAGUGAAAAGAAUCGAAAAAUUUCAACAUCAAGUCAAGAUGACGAUCCUUCACCACCUCAACCGCCACCACCAAAGUCACACUCAAAAAAAUCUUUGACAAGUAAAUGGAUUGACUUUGAAAAUAUACCCGAGAAGCGUCAACCGCCGAAGAAGAUUACGACAAUUCCAACUAGUAAGGAACCGACAGUAAUUGAUAAGCAACAUCAGAAACAUCACACACAUCAUCGACAAUAUGUUUCACCUGAAGAAUGUCAAUGUGAAUGUCAUGAGGCGAGUGGAAAGAAAGAUCCCGACAGUUGUAAACAAUCACCAGCCGAAUCAGGUAAAACGACAACUUCUGAAGACUCCCAACCGCUUCUAGAUGAUCAAGCAGAAAGGAAUAGCUUGAUGAGCACCGAUUCUUCAAUGGAAGGAAGCUUGGAAAAUGACGAAGCAAAUUUUCAUCUCCAACAUCCAAAUGGAAGUCAACAGAGUAAAUCUACAAAUAAUAAUCUAGAUAAGCCAUUUGGCAUGGAUUUAUCUGUGGAAUAUGGUGGGCAUAGUAAUCGAUCAAGUGUUGUAUCGCAGGAUAUCAAAUCACCAGAUGUAACGCUACACAAAUAAAUCACCAACCACCAAUUCAGCAUUAACUAUGUCGCUUUCAUUGAUUGAAUAUUUUCAAUUCUUAUCGUAUGAAUCCCUGAUAUGAGCAUAAGGAGACUUUAUUUGUAAUUAACGUCACAUUCAAUGUAACUAUAAAUAUGCUGUGACGUCAUAUACAUAAAUAAAUAGUCUCCGGUUAUAUAAUUAAAGAGAGAAAAUGUAUUAACAAUGCCCUUCACACCCCCACAUGAAGAACCUUAGAUAAGAAGACUUUGACAACCAAAAAUGUGUACAUUUUUCAUGAAUGUACUUUAUGACUAAAGUUUAUAGUUAAUUAAACUUUAAGCUGAAUUGAAGCAAAGAGUAGUUAAGAAAUUUACCGAAUAAAAGAAAAUGUUGUAACUUAACUUAAAAUAUGAAAAGAUUAUCUACAUCAAUUCACUCUUUUUCUCCCUUAAAUUUAUUGAAGUUCUCAUUCACAUCAUUUUAACUGUCAUUAUAAAAAUGAGAUGUAUUUAAAUUGUAUCAAUAAUCAGACGAUCAACAUUAAGAUUCAUUCGGU